AUGUCCACUUCAAAUGCAAAUUACGUUCCAACAUUACAAGUAAGGGACCGCGCAUCAGCGGUAAAUUUUCUAAAAGCAAGUCAAGAUGAACUAGAACUUGAAGAUGGAGAACUUGAAACAUUUUUAGCUUUUAUCAAAUUAAAUUCAAAAGAACUUAUUAAAAGAAGCAGAGGCAAAGUCCCAUACAUUUAUUACGAAAUGCCUGAAUACUACAUUCCAUAUCUAACUGCAAUAUUGCCCAAAAAAGAUAAAAAAAUAUGGGUUCGUUAUAGGAAUUAUGAUGCUGUCUUCUUUGGACAAGAAGAACUGGAGAAGAAAAACAUACAUGACUUAGAUGAUCUCAAAAGGUUGAUCAAAGAUCAAUUGCAAUCUCUUAAAGACUUUUCAGAAGAAUUGAUUCGCCUUCGCAAAGGAAAGGAUAUCUUGAAAGCCAGUACAUCUAUUGCUGAUUUAUACAAUACAGAAGAUGAGGCAUUGGUGAUUAUUAUAAUCGGGGGAAAUGAUGAUGAGAGCUUGUACGGAGAGAAAGGAGAAGAAAGUGUGAGUAAUAAUGAAUCAAAUCGUAUUGAAGUCGCAUUUCAAGUCGAAUACCAAGGAACAACCUUGGAAACUUUCUAUUUGCGACUAAAAAAAUUUCAUACUGAAUGGUGUCGGCAGAUAAAACCAUACGCCCCUUACCUAACAAUCAUCCAAAGCUCUGGUUCUGGUAAAACACGACUCGUUGGGGAGCUGAGAACCAAGGGGACCUAUAUCCUGUACAUUUGUAAACGACAUGAGAGUAGUUCUGGGUAUCCUGCAUCAACACCUUACGUUGAAGAAAUUCUGGAAACAAUUCGAGACUAUAAAUUCGGAGCUCUUUUAUUUACAGCGAUCAAAGAAAUUAAAAGUAAAAACUGGAGCGCAGAGGAGUUUUGGAAUAUUCAAAUCAAAGAUGAUCACAAAACUGAGUGUAAGGAAUUCUGGCAAAGUGUCUUUGAAUCGUUAUUACAACAAAAAAAUAUUACAUCAGAUUACGGCAACGAAAAUUUUGUAAAGAAAUUAUUUCCCGAUACGGAAAUACCUAUAGUUUGUUGUAUCGACGAGGCACAUGAAUUGCUUACAAAGGCAAAAGGUGAUUUUAUUCAAUGGAGACGACAAAUUCGAGAAAUUUCAUGGGUUGGGUUCUUUAAUAUUCUUCUCAGUACAAGUGGGAAGAUUGGCAAUUUCCUCCCUCCAGUGACAAAAGACACCACCUCCGCCAGAUCACAUGAUUUCAUUAUAUUUCCCGCGUAUUUGGAUGUCAACAACAUGGAUGUACUAGCAUCGCUUGCUGAAAAUGUUGGUAACGAAUAUAAUUAUGAAAGGGUUGUUUAUCUAGGAAUACCACUUUGGGGUUCCCUUGCUCAAGCCGGUGUUAGUCUUAAACACGUCGUUCAUCUAGCUUCACAAAAAAUCCGCAAUUUUAGCAAAAAGAACAAUGAUUAUCUUGCAAACCUUGCAUGUAUGGCUUGCUCUCUGUCUCUUGACAUUUCCCCUCGGAUUGCAGAAGCAGACAGCCUGGUAGCAUCCCAUAUGGCAACUGCAUUAGGAGUCUCACUUGAUCGUACAAGUAUUCUUUGUACAUAUCCUUCCGACCCCAUCCUUGCAUCCGGAGCACUUAAAGGUAUUAUUGAUGUUGGUUGGGAAAAUUGCUUGGACACACUGUUGGAACUGUUUAGUCGUGGGGUUGUAGAAGUGGAGGAAAGAGGAGAACUGGUCAAUCGCAUCCUAUUUUUGAAAGCAUAUGCAGAUGCUGUGAAGGAAUACUACCCUAAUUCACCAUUAACAUAUUUGCAAAAAGUUUCUCUGAAAUCAUUUUUAAAGUUCUUAUUAUGCAAAGAAAUAGAUGGCCUCGAUGAGUUAUUCAAAAGCAUGGGUAUUGGUGAGGCGGAAAUCGGCUUCAACCAUUGGACAUCUUUGUCAGCUACCAAUCAAGAUUAUGUGAAAUUUGGAGGGGUGAAGUUUCUAUCAGAGAAUCUUGUCAUAGAAGCUUAUCACCGUCACACUGCUUUCAAAAUGCCAUUAGGUUUUCAAGUAAUUGAUCAUAUCGUUCCUUUUAGGUAUAAUGCUGGCUAUGGUAUUAUUUCAAUUCAAAACAAGAACGCGAAAAAAACAACCUUUGGUGCUAAGGAUAUUUCCUCUUUAAUACACCCAUUAAAUUCUUUUGGCGAAUGGAAGAAAGAUUAUAAGAUUCUAGGCAUCUACAUCGAUCUCGGCUUAGACAGAGAGAAAGCAGUUGAAGCAAAAGCAGAACUAAAGAGUAGAAAUGUUCCGCAAACGCGAUCAAAAACUACAGAAAAAAAAGACGAUCAGAUUACUAAGAACGAUUAUGAUCGAAUUAUAUACAUUCAAGGCGUCAGAUCUUUCAAAUGCUGUGACGAUGAAAUUGGGAAAAGACUAUCUAAAAUACUUUUCACUCGUCCUUGGCCACUUGAUACUCAAUGGAGUAUGUUUGACGAAAAGACAGACUUAAAAAGGGAGGAUGCAAUCAAAUCUUUUUUACCUCUUGUCUUUAACCAGAAGCAGUCUUUGGUUGAUAAAUGGGAAUUAAUAUAA